UACUCACUCACUUUGGUCUCACGGAGAUUGUUCGAUUCACGCGAUUCGCGCUAUCUCUCUCACCGAGCGAGUUUUCGUGUAGUUCCGGCGCCCGAAUCGCACCCGAAGUUAGUCGUGCUUCGGAGCUCGCCCAGAACGGUUCGUCCGGUGUUGGAAAAUUUGUGGAAAACGGAACAAGGAAAAGAAAGUGAUCGAUCGAUCGGCGAUUGAAAGUGAAAAACAUUGCAAGGAUUUGUGCCAAUGUGCCUUUUUACAUGCCGCGGCUGAGGUGACAGUGAGCUGAGGUGAUUUUAGUUCUGACAAACCACAACCGGGGAGCGCUAGUGAAAAAGGUGCGUUCUGAGAAACAACAAGGAAGUGACACACACAGUAAGGAAGCAAAAUGGUGACAGGAAUCGGAGCGACGACGCAACAGGUUGCCGGUGCGCCGGCAACCAUCCAGAAUCUGCCGGCCGAACCGGUCAAACGGUCCAGCGACAACCGAAGGAGCAACAAACCGAUCAUGGAGAAGCGACGACGGGCGCGCAUCAACAACUGCCUGAAUGAGCUGAAGGCGCUCAUCCUCGACGCCAUGAAAAAAGACCCCGCCCGUCACUCGAAGCUGGAGAAGGCCGACAUCCUGGAGAUGACGGUAAAGCACCUGGAGAACCUGCAGCGCCAGCAGAGCGCCCUGUCGCAGGCGAGCGACCCGAGCGUGAUGAACAAGUUCAAGGCCGGCUUCAACGAGUGCGCCCAGGAGGUGGGUCGCUUCCCCGAGAUCGAGCCCCUGGUCAAGCGCCGUCUGAUGCAGCACCUCAGCAACUGCAUCAACAGCAACGGCGUCAAGGAUUUGCCGAAGCGUCACCAUCACCACCAGCACCAGCAGGCCGGUUCGCAGGCUCCGCUUCACAUCCUACCAUCGCCUCCGAGCUCACCGGAACAGCCAGGCGGUGGUGGUGGCGUUGACCAUCACGCGCACCACUUCGCCGCCAGCCAGUACCAACAGCACCCCCACCACCUCCAGGGCGCGAACGGAAGCGUUUACAUGACGAGUGGUGUCGGCGGCGCGAGCAUUCAACUGAUCCCUACCAAGCUACCGAACGGGAGUGUGGCGUUCGUGUUGCCACAGGCGGCGGCCGCGGCCAGCGUCGCACCCGUCCCCAUGCUCGUACCCAUCCCGACCCGUACCGCAUCGACCGGAUCCGCCUCGUCGAGCCAGUCCGGUGUGUCGUCCCUGUACGAUCGCGUGCCCCGGGAGCAUGCCACCUCACCGUACCACGCCCCACCCAGCCCGGCCAACUCGAACUACGAGCCGAUGGAGUGCUCACAGUCAGUGGCUACCUCGCAGCUGUCCCCGGGCCGGCCCGCACACCAGUACUACCUCCAGCAGCCAUCCCCGGCACAGCAGCAGCAACCGACGCAGCAACCGACGCAGCAGCCCGCGACGCAAUCGCAGCAACCACCCGUAGUAAUCAGCAGCAGCAGCCCCGACAGUCCACUCUCGCUGGUCAUGAAGAAACCGUACCAGGACGAGGACCGCACCGACGACGACGACGACGACGACAGUGAGGACGACCAGGAUAUGAAGCAGGCCAUGGAGGCCGACGACGACGGCAAGUCCUGCUGGCGUCCGUGGUAAGCACGCCACCGGAAGAGCCGAUCCUGAGUCGUCAACAGAACAGUACCUAAAACCGCGAGAAAGUGGUGUGUGAGAAGAGCUGUGAGAGUGAGAGUGAGCUGCAGUGCGGAGUGACCUCCGGGGAGAGAGAGAAGUGCAGUUAGUCAAUGGCCUCGCGCCACCCGCCCGCUAGUCAUACGGUUUUCCAUAAGCGAAGAAAACUAUGCAUCUCAGUGGGACCCCGAGCGAGGCCAAUCUCUCUCUCUGUCUGUGUGCGUGCGUGCGUGUGACAACUGCAACAAAACCGUGAUGCUGUGAAUAACUUUUAAGGACACCUAACCCGCGGUGUGGACCCAGGCGGUUAGACAGGCAGGCAGAAGGCCUUAGAGGGCGUAGUGGCGUGUGUGUGUGUGUGUGGAGUGCCAAGUUACUAGAAAGGGGGGGGCGCUUCUGCCACCCAGCAGCAGCGACCCCGGAGGUUCGAGGUUAGGAGUUUCGUUUCUGUUUUAGUUUCGUCGGUUUCGUUGCUUUUAUUUUAUUAUUUCCCAACUCAUUGUGUGACCCACGCGGCGAGUGUUGCGACAUUAAUCACAAACGUCUUCCAAAACGUGUGGCCCAGACACAACCCGAAGGACACGGAAUCCCGGCUCCGGCUGUCGCGUGUUCCGUGUUUAGGCAUUAUUUCGAUUAUUAUUUUUAAAAUUAUCUAUGUUUUUUGGUGGGUUACAUUAGUGCUAAAUUUGCUUAAAUUAUUCAUCAUCGAACGCCCAAAACCAGGAGACAAGGACCCAAGAAAACUUCGGCCUAGCUUUUGCAUUACCACUAAGACACGCGGAGGGCGGACACAGCUUAUUAGGGUUUAGUGGUGGCACGUGCCACCCAACCACAACAACUUCCUCAGAUCGUCCCAAGGCCAGCGUAGUAGUAGCUAGAAGAGAGCAUAUUUAUACCGGAUAAGGACACAACAGAGCCAGGCCAGGUAGCAAUCAUUGCAGCAAUGAGUGAGCCAGAAGCGAUGCGAAUCAACCCAUAAGACUUAAGAGCAGAUAGAUAGAGUUUUCGUAUUUAAGAGAGCAUAUUUUAAAACCAACAAGGCCAAUAGCGCGUAAGAGAGAUAGAGAGAGAGCGAGAGAACCCCUCACAGAAACCUUCCUAUUGUAAAAAGUUGCAAAUAAUAUUUUAACUUGUACUUUUUUAACACUAAAGAAUCGCCCCAUCUGUGACCGGUGCUGGACCGUGUCCGGACGUCGGUCGCCGGGUGGGAAAUAUAAACAAAAUCAUACUUAAACUAUGA